AUGGAUCGACGUGUUAACGUAUACAACACGACGGUAGUUUUGGUCUCUGAGGGCACUCUGACUGUCUCUGGUAGCAACGAUGUUUUGACCUUGGCUUUGGGAACCCCUAAGCAUGGUGGGAGAGUCAGAGGUGUUGGAGCUGGGGUUUCCCCAACUCAAUUCUUCAAUUUGCCAAGACAACAGAGAGUAAAAUUUGCUAACAAAUUGAAGGAAAGUGUUGUGGCAGCAGUGAGAGAGGAAACAAAAAAGAUGGAGGCCAGGGCAAAGGAAAGUGUUAUGGAGGCAGUUAGAGCAGAGAGGGAAAUUAUGUUGAAAUAA